CCACAUUUACAGUGACUUGCGGUGAGAGUAUAUUUUUUAUUAUCGCAUUUUGUCCUUGGUCCUCGUGGUUGAAUUAUGAUGUUUUUUUAAUACCUUGGAUUUUAUUGCGUUAUUGAGACUUUCUCUCUGAUUUCCCAUGAUGCAUCGCUUUAUUUUGUCUAGUAGCUCAGGGAGAUGAGAAGAAACUGACACAGCCGCCCUCCGCUCUCAGCCGACCGAGAAGAAGCUACUGACAGCAUCACCAACAUGCCAGGCAAGGCGGAACGGACUUAGCCGCUGUGGCUAGCCUCCUCAACAACAAUUUACUAACCGUUUACAAAACAGUCGACGGCCGUGUGUUUUUUUUUUAGCUGGAAGGUUGCACAGGCUGGUGUGUGUCUGAGCAUUGUUAACCAUGGCAUCAGCCAAUGUUACCCUGGAGAAUCAGUUGCACAGUGCCCAGAAAAACCUGCUGUUCCUCCAGCAGGACCAUGCCAACACGCUGAAAGGGCUCCAUGCAGAGAUCCGUAGAUUACAGCAGCAUUGCACAGACCUGACAUAUGAGCUGACUGUGAGAAGCUCUGAUCCCUCAGACAGCAGUGAGGCACGGUGCAGAGAGCUGCAAAGGAGGUGCGAGGAGCUGGAAGCCCAGCUAAAGAAGAAGGAGGAGGAGAACACUGAGCUGUUGAGGGACCUGGAGCAGAAGAACGCCAUGAUCUCUGUCCUGGAAAAUACCAUCAAGGAGAGGGAGAAAAAGUACCUGGAGGAGCUCAAGAUGAAGAGCCACAAGCUGGCAGUUCUGUCCGGGGAGCUAGAGCAGAGAGCGAGCACCAUCGCUUACCUCACCUCACAGCUUCACGCCACCAAGAAGAAGCUGCUGGCUGGCAGCUCCUCUGAGGCCAGCCCCAACGUCAGCCCCGUCACCUCCUACAAGCCCACCCCUCCACCGUCCAAGGACAGGCAGCCUGAGACGCCGCGUCGCCGCAUGAAGAAAAGCCUCUCCCAGCCUCUUCACCCGGAAUUGACAGAGGUGUACCGGCUUGGGCCAGAUGGUAAGCGGCUGGUUCUGCGGGAGACGGUAGACGCCAUGCCUGACCCCACGCCUUUUCUGCAAGCUGGCAGAGAGUCUCCUGAACCACAGUUGAUGCGAGAGCGGCCUGCCGUUAUCCCCCCUAUUGCAUCUGAGCGACCCCCUAUCCCUCCCUUGGGCGCCUCGUCCAGCCCCCGCCACAGCCCCGCUCGGGACCGUCAGCACAGGGCUCAUGUGGGCGUGGCACACCGCAUCCCCCAUGGUACCCCUCCUGUGGCCCCGCCGCAGGCAGAGCUGGAGACGCUGGCAGUGGACCAGGUCAACGGGGGGAAAGUGGUGCGGAAGCGUUCAGGAGCUGACAGGACAGUUUAACCUUGUUUUGCUCAAACGCACACACAAACACACACAUACAUAUACCCACACAUGCAUACCCAUAUGCACACACACAUAUAUACAAUACACACAAUACACUGCAAGAGCAGGAAGGAGCCUGACCCACUGUGUAGCCUGCUUUUUAUGCACACAGCAAUUUAAAAAAGAAAAACACAAAAAUAGUACUUUUGUUUAUGGUACUCCAUAAUAAACAUUUGUUUGUUUGUUUUUUUGGUAUAGUAGAGAAGAACUACUAUAAAGCAUGCCAAAUGUUAUUGUUUUGAUCUACAUGUGACUUACUACUGUAAACAUCUUGUCUUUUUGCUUUAACUUUCACCUCACUCUGUCUUACACGGUGCAUAAAAACAAAUUGUCAGCCAAAUAUCUGCAUCAGUGCCUGCUGGAUGGUUAAAUCAUACACAUAGCCUAUACUGUAGUCAUGGCUUCUAGUUAACUCUAUAUCUGCUCCAUCUCCUCAGCAACAUAGUCCGGUCAUAUCAACAAUCUAUAUUAAGAUUUUUGCAGCUGCAUACAUAGAAUAGAAUUAUUUAACUAAUACUCCCUGAAUGUCUUUCAUCAUUCUUGUGAUAUCAGUAUAAUAAUAUUACUGUAGGAAAGAGCUGCAUAAUGUGCAAUCGUAAUUUGCUGGUUCUCAAGGUGAAAGAGCUGUAAUAUCACCUUGCUUUUGCUGACUGGCAAAAACGGCACUAGUCUAUAUGUUUAAAUGCAGUAUGAAAUGGUGUUGAGUAGGGCGUAUUUUGUGUGUAUGUGUGUGUGUGUGUGUGUGUGUGUGUGUGAGAGAGUGAGAGUUUAAGUGAUAUGAAGGAGGCGGCUGGUGAGAAAAUAAGACGUUUUGGCUUAAUAUCCAUUGAUGAUAUUUGUGAUAUACUGUAAGGGCAUUUUUGAAAACACUGCUGUCACAGGACUUUGUGAUAUUAACUGUUCUUUAUAAAGCCUGUACAUUUGUAAUGAAUUCUUUUUUUAAUUUAUUGUUUGUUUAAUAUAGAACACAAGAACACCUCAGACACCUAAAAUAGUAGUUACACCUCAAGUAUGAAUAAGUAUAAUCACUUAAUGCCCUGCUUUUCAUGUUAGAUUCACUGGUCCUUGAAGUAUAUGAAUCAAUACAAUAAAGCAAGCUUUUUUGUUUAA